GAGUUUUGCAAAUUUAAUUUCCUUCGACUUGGUCUCUCCUGCUGCCGGCUGAGUUGUUAUCCAUCCAAUCGACCUCGAUCGUUAUUUGGAUCAAUUCAACGAAAGAAGAAGCAAUUGAAAGUUCCUCUUAAUUAAAUCAUGAUUGUGUUGCUCUGACAUUUGGAAUCCAUCGGCCGCACGCCUCCUCUGUUUCCAGGCUCUGCAAAAACGCUUCGCUACGCUAGGGAUCCGAAGGGCAGAGGAUCGCAUAGCAGCAGGUGGUAAUUGAAGCAGCACUGUGACUAAGCACGCAGACAGGAAGAGGAUCGGAGGUGCAGUAGGCAUGAUGGCGUCCAAUGGCAUCCACCGCACUAACCGGUCGAGCCGCGGUGGGGGCGAGCCCCAGCAGGGCAGCGGCACGGAAUUGCCGCCGAUCCCCCGAGCGCCGACGGUCCAGUUCGGGCGGCGGACGGAGUCGGGACGCUUCAUCAGCUUCUCCCGCGACGACCUGGAGAGCGAGCUGUCGAGCAGCGAGAUGGGCAGCGGCCGCUUCGCCAACUACCACGUCCACAUCCCCAUGACUCCCGACAACCAACCCAUGGACCCCGCCAUCUCCAGCAAGGUGGAGGAGCAAUACGUGAACAGCUCCCUCUUCACCGGCGGAUUCAACAGCGUGACCCGCGCGCACGUCAUGGACAAGGUGCUCGACUCGGCCGAAGACGGCGGAGGCCAGCUGCUGGGCCGCGAGGACAGCGGCCUCACCUGCGCUGUUCAAGGGUGCGACUGCAUGGUGAUGCGCGACCAGCACGGAAUCGUGGUGGCGCCCUGCGAGUGCGACUUCAAGAUCUGCGUCGAUUGCUUCACGGACGCCGCCAAAUCGGGGGGCGGGAUCUGCCCCGGGUGCAAGGAACCGUACAAAACGACCGAACUGGGCGAGUUGCUGAGCGGCGGCGGGGGGCGGCUGUCGCUUCCGCAGCUGCCGAGCGGUGGAGGUGGGCCCAAGAUGGAGCGGCGGCUGUCGAUGGUGAAGUCGCAGAAGCAGCUUGCGCACUCGCAGACCAUGGCGCAGGGAGGAGGAGACUUCGACCACACCCGGUGGCUGUUCGAAACCAAGGGAACCUACGGCUACGGAAGUGCCAUUUGGUCGGAGGAAAAUUACGACGAUGUCGAUGGCGGUCGUGGUGGGGGACAUGGCCAUGCCCAUGGCCAUCCCAAGGAGUUGAUGAGCAAGCCGUGGCGACCUCUCACCCGCAAAUUGAAGAUCCCCGCGGCCGUCCUCAGCCCAUACAGGCUUCUCAUCGUCAUCCGCAUGGCCGUGCUUGCUCUGUUCCUGACAUGGCGGAUCAAGCACCAGAACGAGGACGCGAUCUGGCUUUGGGGAAUGUCCGUCGUCUGCGAGCUUUGGUUCGCUUUCUCUUGGCUCCUUGAUCAGCUGCCCAAGCUGUCCCCGGUUAACCGCACCGUCGACCUCUCCGUCCUCAAGGAAAAAUUCGAGACCCCCACCGCGUACAAUCCUACCGGCAAAUCCGACCUCCCCGGCAUCGACAUCUUCGUCUCCACCGCCGAUCCUGACAAGGAACCCGUCCUCGUCACGGCCAACACAAUCCUCUCUAUCCUCGCUGCUGACUACCCCGUCGAGAAGCUCGCCUGCUACGUAUCCGACGACGGCGGCGCGCUGCUCACCUUCGAGGCCAUGGCGGAGGCCGCCAGCUUCGCCUACCUCUGGGUGCCCUUCUGCCGCAAGCACAACAUCGAGCCGCGCAAUCCCGAGAGCUACUUCGCCUCCAAGAGGGAUCCCUACAAGAAUAAGGUGCUGUCGGACUUCGUCAAGGACCGCCGACGGCUGAAGCGGGAGUACGACGAGUUCAAGGUGAGGAUUAAUGGUUUGCCGGAAUCCAUCCGCCGCCGCUCCGACGCGUUCCACGCCCGCGAGGAGAUCAAGGCGAUGAAUUUGCAGAGGGAGAAAGCCGCCGGCGGCGACGAGCCAAUUGAGCCAGUCAAGAUCCCCAAAGCCACGUGGAUGGCAGACGGCACGCACUGGCCGGGCACUUGGAUCAACCCAUCUUCAGAGCAUUCUCGCGGUGAUCACGCCGGAAUCAUACAGGUGAUGCUGAAACCUCCGAGCGACGAACCUCUGUACGGCAGCAACGAUGAGAAGCUGCCAGUGGACUUCACGGACGUGGACAUCCGAUUGCCGAUGCUGGUGUACGUUUCCCGUGAGAAGCGCCCCGGCUACGACCACAACAAGAAGGCAGGCGCCAUGAACGCGCUGGUGCGUGCCUCCGCCAUCAUGUCCAACGGCCCUUUUAUCCUCAACCUCGACUGCGAUCACUACAUCUACAACUCGCAAGCGCUCCGCGAGGGCAUGUGCUUCAUGAUGGACCGCGGCGGCGACCGCCUCUGCUACGUCCAGUUUCCGCAGCGGUUUGAGGGCAUUGAUCCCUCCGACCGCUACGCCAACAACAACACCGUCUUCUUCGACGUCAACAUGCGGGCUCUCGACGGCCUGCAGGGCCCCGUCUAUGUGGGCACAGGCUGCCUCUUUCGUCGCAUCGCUCUCUACGGAUUCGACCCCCCGCGAGCUAAGGACCAGCACGACCCCGGCUGCUGCUCCUGCUGCUUCCCCCGCCGCCGCCGCAAGCCCCUACGAUCCACUGCCGCCGCCGACGCCGACGCCGAGGAGACUCGUGCUCUCCGAAUGGGAGACUACGAAGACGGCGACAUGAACCUCUCCACCUUCCCCAAGAAGUUCGGCAACUCCAGCUUCCUCAUAGACUCGAUCCCCGUGGCAGAGUUCCAGGGCCGCCCCCUCGCCGACCACCCUUCCAUCAAGCACGGUCGUCCGCCUGGCGCCCUCACCGUCCCUCGCGACCUCCUAGACGCCUCCACCGUCGCCGAAGCUAUCAGCGUUGUCUCCUGCUGGUACGAGGAGAAGACCGAGUGGGGGCAGCGCGUCGGAUGGAUCUACGGCUCCGUCACAGAGGAUGUCGUCACGGGCUACAGGAUGCACAACCGCGGCUGGAAGUCCGUCUACUGCGUCACCAAGCGUGACGCCUUCCGCGGAACAGCGCCCAUCAACCUCACCGACCGCCUCCACCAGGUGCUCCGGUGGGCCACCGGCUCCGUCGAGAUCUUCUUCUCGAGGAACAACGCUCUGUUAGCCAGCCCCAAAAUGAAACUUUUGCAGCGCGUGGCGUACCUCAACGUCGGCAUCUACCCCUUCACUUCCGUCUUCCUCAUCGUCUACUGCUUUCUCCCGGCGCUGUCCCUAUUCUCCGGCCAGUUCAUCGUGCAGACGCUGAGCGUCACCUUUCUCACCUACUUGCUGAUCAUCACAUUGACGCUCUGCAUGCUUGCGAUUUUGGAGAUCCGGUGGUCAGGGAUAGAGCUGGAGGAAUGGUGGCGAAACGAGCAAUUCUGGCUUAUUGGCGGCACCAGCGCGCACCUGGUGGCCGUCAUGCAGGGGCUGCUCAAGGUGGUCGCCGGAAUCGAGAUCUCCUUCACGCUGACAUCCAAGUCCGCGGGUGACGACGAGGACGACGAGUUCGCGGACCUGUAUAUAGUGAAGUGGACAUCGCUUCUUAUCCCACCCUUGGCCAUCAUCAUGGUGAACCUGAUCGCAAUCGCAGUGGGGGUGAGCAGGACGAUCUACAGCGAGAUCCCUCAGUGGAGCAAGCUAUUGGGUGGCGUCUUCUUCAGCUUCUGGGUGCUCGCGCAUUUGUAUCCCUUCGCCAAGGGACUGAUGGGACGUAGAGGCCGAACCCCCACCAUCGUCUACGUCUGGUCCGGCCUCGUCGCCAUCACUAUCUCCCUGCUCGUCGUCGCCAUCAACCCGCCCGCCGGCGCCAGCUCCCAAAUUGGCGGCUCCUUCACCUUCCCGUAAUCAAUUACUGGAUCCUCCAACUAGUUGGAGCAGAAAAUUUGGUGGCUGAGUGGCUCUCGACCUCAAAGUCAGAUGGGGCAACAGGUCUUAAUGAAAUGUUCAUCAUCAUCAUUAUUCAUUCCUUUACGAACUUAAUUUUGUUAUCAUUGUUUUCUAUAUAUCUAAU